CAAAUUUCAUCACUCUUAGUUAUUCAUCAACACAAGCACAAAAGCAGAUCAAUUUACUGAUCAUCGAAACCACCUUAAUUUCAUCCAAAUAGAAACUCAGGAAUUAUAGAUCAAAUGGCAUCGAAUUCAAACCUUAGACCAGCAUUUGCUUACACGGUGGUGUACGUUAAAGACGUUGCCAAAUCGGUUGCGUUUUACGCCAAGGCUUUCGGCUCCAACGUACGUCGCUUGGAUGAAUCUCACAGAUGGGGGGAGCUGGAAAGUGGGCAGACCACGAUAGCAUUUACGCCAAUCCACCAGCACGAGACGGAUGAUCUGACCGGACAGGUGAAAAUCCCGAGUUCCGGCUACGAGAGGCAGCCGGUGGAGGUUUGCUUUGAUUAUUCUGACGUUGAUGCUGCCUACAAGAGAGCUCUGGAAAAUGGGGCAGUGGGGGUGAGUGAGCCGGAGGAGAAAGAGUGGGGACAGAAAGUUGGGUACGUCAGGGAUAUUGAUGGCAUUGUGGUGAGGAUCGGAAGCCAUGUUAAUCCCUCUAAAUCCCACCAGUCUUAGAUCUUUCCCAGCAAAGAUCCGAAAAUGUAAAAUGAUGUUAUCAGUUAUCACUAGCUAAAUAAGUUGAUGCAUCUGUCUAACCUAUGCAUUUCGUGUUUAAUAAAAAUAUAUAAUCUGGGGCAUCAUCACGUUAUAUUUCAUGUUUAAUGAUAUACUAAUAUCUUUCCCCAGAUUGAUUUUUGGGUCAAGGGUUCCAAUUCCAUUAUGUUCUGUCACAGUAUAAACCGGAUUCGCAAACAUCACCAAAUCACAAACUCCCGUUAAAGGGGAAUUUUUUUAUUAAAAAUUUUUUUUUUAUUCAAUUGGACCCGGAACCGAAGAAGAAAAGACG